GAUUUGUUGAAGGAUUAAUCCCUAUCCGAUCGCAUCAAAUGCCGUCCUCGUCGGAUUUCGAAGCCUUUGCCCUGACCCCUCUCGAUCAGGCAAAUGGCCAAGUUUUCUUCUUCUACAGCAUAUCGUAUCAGGUGCAGAAUGAAGCUUCUGCCCUUCGAACCAUCCAUAACGGUAUCGAUGUCCUUCUCGAAAGGGUGCCGUUUUUAAACGGGGAGAUCGCGUUUGCUGCCGCAGUUCCUGGCGCGAACAAUAUCCUUACCGUCCGACCACCCACGGCCAACUCCAAAGAUCAAGUUCCACUAGUCAAGGUAAAGCGCCAUUCCAAUCGCACUCUGCCCGUCGAGAAACUAGAGCAGUCUCCAUUCAACGUACCUCGGAAUCUUCCGCUUGACGGCCUCUUCAAUCCACUCGCCGCAUUCCCAACCCCUGAUCGACCAACACCUGUCAUUCGUUUCCAAAUCAACCUGGUCAAUGACGGCCUUAUCCUGACGCUGGCGUUUAACCAUGCGGUAUUCGAUGCCCUCGGAGCCGCGGUGAUAGUAAAGCUUUUGGCCGAAUCGUGUCGCAACCAGGAAAACAUAGGAAUGGCCGGGAGUAUGGGAAUCCCUUCCACGCAGGCACGAGUGCAAAGCCCAUUGUUGGCUCUGAGCUCGCGGCUGAAAAAACAUAACCAUGUUCAUGCAAAUGCGCCUUCGUCAUCUGAAGUCUCUGAAACAAUCUCUCAAAGACCGGUCACGGCACCUCCACCAUUGACAGAUGAAUGCUUUGUCUUUUGCGCCGAAAAACUCCAGCAGCUGAGGAUCGCUUGUGCCUCUAUACUUGGAAAGUUAAAUGAGAAUCAGAAAUCGCGAGCAGGUCAAGGAGAUAUAAGGUUUCUUUCGAGCAACGAUGUCCUCACAGCGCUCAUCUGCGAAUCGAUAGCUCAGGCACGGCAUGCCGCCAAGCAUACGUGCAGAGAUGAGGACCUUCACGCGAAGUCGAGUGUCUCUGAGUGCCUUAUGGCCGUGAACCUUCGCAAGUUCGUUGAACCUCCUCUCCCCGAUGACUAUAUGGGUAACGCUGGUAUCCCGCUGCGCUUCGAGGUCAGGACUCAACGACAAGCCGCCCCAGACUUCCAUCCGGCAAUCCGGGAAGUACCCCCCGGUUUGAACACGUCAUCCUUCCUAGCCAUUGCAAAGACGGCUUAUACAAUCCGGGCCAAAUUAGCGAGAUUCGGCGAAUCUUACAUCGACUCGCUAAGUUCUUUCCUGAACGCCGACGAGAGUCAGACGGCUGUGAAUGUCCUCCCGGCUUGCGCUAUCGUCUCAAGUUUAAGACAUAUCAAAACAUACGAGCUACAAUUUGGAGUGGAGCUAGGGGAAAUCCAGACCUUCGAAACCGGCACACCGUGGGUAAAUGGGUCCUGUAUGAUUCUCCCCUUGUGCGCAAAUAGCUCGGAUGUGGCAGGCUCCGCGCCCUGGAACGUGCGGAUAACGCUGGACGAGGGUACAAUGGAUUGCUUCAAGAAUGAGCCGGCUCUACGUUGGGCACUAUGGGACCAAGCAAAAAGCAAGGUUCCAGGCUCGUGCAACUGCAUGACUGAUGCGUAGGAGGCGCUU